CUUCGUGGUAGUCGAGUAUAAAAAAAAUCCAGAAUUAAUGCAAUAAUUGCAAGUUCAUCCUCUGAAAAUUGUGCCAUCUCGACCUCACGUGAACACAACUGCACUGAGAGAGCACGGAGAAAAAUACUGAACGGUGUGAAUUGAAAACACUGUGAGCUCACGUCAGUGAGAAUCACGGGCACUUCACAUCACGGCUGAGUGUGAAUAGACCUUUAGAUUUCUAGUCUGCUGUCAAUCACAAGUCAAUUGUGAUGUUAGAUGUUAGGUUAUGUUUAUUUUUUGAGGUUUAAGAAAUUUUAGGCAGAUGAAUCAAAUGAACAAUGAAAAUGGAUGUGUAUUCAUUAAAUAAAAGGCUAACAGCUUACAACCAAGCAGUUCCUUGAUGAAGAUGUGGUUCGUUCUCACAGACUUUACGAGAUGUUGUAUCCCAGGUGCAACUGCAUUGUUGAUGUUGGAGAUGCCUGUUCACAAAUCAAUGUUGGACUUUGGAUUGGAUAGUGUCAGGCUACAAGAUAAAGAGGCGAAUGAUCUUCCUAAGAAUGGAUUCAUGCAUCCAGGCACUUGAAAGCAUAUUGGAAGGAGCUAGAGUUGGGUAGUUCCUGAACGAACUAGUUCAAAGAACCGG